AAAAACUAAUAUCUUUUUCAAUUGGAAAAUAUCCAUUUGGUACUCCCAAAACAGACCAUUUCACAGUGGUUUAGUGGGUUUUAACCUAUAAGUGAAAAAUGGCUCUCCAAGCUGCUUCUUUGGUUGCCUCUUCCUUCUCCAUCCCCAAAGAGGGCAAGUGUGGUGCAGCCUUUAAGGACUCAAGUCUCUUUGGAUUUUCACUCUCAGAGCAUGUCAAAGCUGACUUUACCUCAUCUGCAUUGAGAUGCAAGGGGGGAUUUAACAGAAGAAAUGGAGCUGUCAGAGCCCAAACAAUGGCUACAACAACUCCAGCGGUCAACAUGAGUGCUCCUGAAAGGAAGAAAACCUUAAGAAAGGGCAGUGUUGUGAUCACUGGUGCCUCUUCUGGUUUAGGUCUAGCCACAGCAAAGGCUCUUGCUGAAAGUGGAAAAUGGGAUGUGAUCAUGGCUUGCAGGGACUUCCUGAAGGCCGAGAGAGCCGCCAAGGCUGCUGGCAUGCCCAAAGAAAACUAUACCAUUAUGCAUUUGGAUCUUGCAUCCCUUGACAGCGUUCGCCAAUUUGUUGAUAGCUUCAGGCGAUCUGGGAGGCCACUUGAUGCUUUGGUGUGCAAUGCUGCUGUUUACCAGCCAACUGCCAAUGAACCUGCAUUCACUGCCGAAGGAUUUGAGCUAAGUGUUGGAACUAACCAUCUUGGUCACUUCCUCCUUUCGCGGCUGCUGCUCGAGGACUUGAACAAAUCGGAUUAUCCAUCAAGGCGUCUCAUCAUUGUCGGCUCGAUUACAGGGAACACAAACACUUUGGCUGGCAAUGUACCUCCAAAGGCAAAUCUUGGGGACAUGAGGGGGCUUGCAGGAGGCUUGAAUGGGCUAAACAGCUCUGCUAUGGUUGAUGGUGGAAAUUUCGAUGGUGCCAAGGCUUACAAGGACAGUAAAGUCUGCAACAUGCUGACAAUGCAAGAGUUCCACAGGAGGUUCCACGAGGAAACUGGUAUCACAUUUGCAUCUCUUUAUCCGGGCUGCAUUGCCACGACCGGCUUGUUCCGGGAGCACAUACCCUUGUUCAGGAUUCUUUUCCCUCCAUUCCAGAAGUACAUCACCAAGGGCUAUGUCUCUGAAGAGGAAUCUGGAAAAAGACUUGCACAGGUUGUGAGUGAUCCUAGCUUGACAAAAUCUGGAGUUUACUGGAGCUGGAACAAGGCCUCUGCUUCAUUUGAGAAUCAAUUGUCUCAAGAAGCUAGUGAUCCAGAGAAGGCUCGUAAAGUAUGGGAGAUCAGUGAGAAACUUGUCGGCUUGGCCUAAUUUCAUAAACCUCAAAGACUAAGGCAACUGCAUCAUAUGCUGCGGGAGAUAUUAGUAUCGGCUGAAGAAUCGAGUCCCAUUCUGGGUUAGAGUGCUGUGUUUUUUUGUAAAAAAGGUUUCUGUAGGGUAGAUGAGUUCUGAAAGUUUCAACUUUCAAUUGACAAUAAGAUUACUCUCACUAUAUUGGAAUCUCAAAAGAAUGACAAGUUCAGAAUUUCAGAUGCUUUCUUAAA